CCCCUCCUCUUUCUUCCACAAGUUGCAAACACAUGACACAAGCAAGCAAGCAGACGGCUUCUCUCUCUUGCUUCGCCUGUCCGUUUCUUAAUUUCUUCCCUCUCUCUCAGCAAGAGAGCUGAGAGCUAGCUAGCUAGAUCAUCAUGUCGAUGAGCUUCUUGAGCAUGGUGGAGGGGGAGCUGCCGCCGGGGUUCCGGUUCCACCCGAGGGACGACGAGCUCAUCUGCGACUACCUCGCGCCCAAGGUCACCGGCAAGCUCGGCUUCUCCGGCCGCCGCCCGCCCAUGGUCGACGUCGAUCUCAACAAGGUUGAGCCAUGGGACCUCCCCGUGGCCGCGUCGGUGGGUGGCAAGGAGUGGUAUUUCUUCAGCCUUAGGGACCGAAAGUACGCGACGGGACAACGCACGAACAGGGCAACCGUGUCCGGCUAUUGGAAGGCGACGGGAAAAGACAGGGUGGUGACUCGGCGGGGCGUUCUUGUCGGGAUGCGGAAAACGCUGGUGUUCUACCAAGGAAGGGCCCCCAAGGGUAGGAAGACGGAGUGGGUGAUGCACGAGUACAGGUUGGAGGGCGUACACGAGCAAGCAUCCAAAUUCACCUCCAAGCAGGAGGAUUGGGUCCUCUGUAGAGUCAUCUGCAAGAAGAAACUAGCAGUUGGAGCCACCUCCAAGCCAAGGAACCUCACCACCAUUGGCCAUGGCACAUCCACAGACACCUCACCACCAUUGCCACCUCUCAUGGACACCACCCUAGCACAGCUUCAUGCCACCAUGAACACCACUUCCGCCGCCGCCGCACUUGAGCAAGUGCCCUGCUUCUCCAGCUUCAACAAUAACAGUGCUAGCAACAGCAGUACUGCACAGCCAUGCUACCUCCCAAUGGUGACAGGCAACAAUGGCAUGAGCUACAUGGACCAUGGCCUGCCUGACUUUGGCAGCUACCUGGACCCUGCCUCCAUGAACUGUGACAAGAAGGUGCUCAAGGCAGUCCUGAGCCAGCUGAGCUCCAUGGGGGGUGAGGUGAUGCCAAGUCUGCUACCUCCUGAGAUGGCUGCUGCAGUGAGCUCCUCUUGGAUGAACCACUUCUAGGGAGGUCUAUUUAUUUUAUCCAGACAACAUAAGCAGAUAACUUGCUAGCUAGUAGUCAAUCUGCAGCGUGUGAAUGAUGAUGGCAUAUGAAAUUUGUACUCAUGUCUAAGUGGUACAAUAUUUUUAUUAAUUGUGAGUAUUAGUAGAGCGCGGAACGAUUUUUGCUCGCCCAUCUAUAUAGGAUGAUUAUUAAAACUCUGUAAUGAUGUAUUAUUUUUUGGAGAACACUACAAUGACUGCUGAAGUGUGUUUAGUCAGAAGUAUAGGUUUGAGAGACCAAGAACAAAUUGUUUCCGAGUGAUGGUUUUUCUGUGUCUGAAA